UGGACGGAUUGGAUAGUUGGUCUUACUACAGUAUCUAUAGCUGUGCUGGAUAUCAUGAUCUGUCUGUAACUGAGAAGUGAAUAGUCAGUCAUGCUGAUUGCACGUACCAGGGUAUCAAUUUGAAUUCACCGCGAUUCUACCCACCCUCCUUUUUCAGUCAUUUCAAAACACCUUCCUUCGUAGUUCCAUUCCCAUUUCACACUUCCGCCUUCUUUCCAUCGCCAGCUUCUAUAACGCCUUAUCUAUUCCAUUUCAUCAUGGAUGAGCCGACUAAGGAGCUAGUGCUACAUUUGAUGGAGGAAGAUGCCAGAGGCGCCCUUGGACUCAUGAAGGGCAAAGGGAGCGCGGAUCAAGUAACUGACCAUGAACUGGCACUCACUGAAUGGGCUCGAGAGCUCCGUCAUUGUGCAUGCACGUUUGAAGACUACAGAAUGGCGAAGAGCCUAGCUAGAGCUGUUUUCGAUGAUGGUGAUGCUCUCGUAGCUGCAACGGAAGAAGAAAACAGAGCCUUUGGGGAUCGAAUGACCGCACUACAACUGGGCGGUCUCAGCAAAUCAACUCCUGAUCAGCUACUGGGGCAGAGCAAGGCUGCGAUGGCUGGCCUAACUGGUCUGGUGGGAGGUUUUACUACAGUGUCGAAGCAAUCGAGACCUGCAGAUGCAACUGAAGUUCGAAGUUCAGGCUUCCUAGGGGCUGAAAGCUCGAAAGUUGCUGCUGCCCGGAAAUGUGACAGUCAGACACACCUUAAAUGUGUAGCCUGUAUGGAAGCCAGGCUAUUUUUUGACAUGUUUAGGGCAAUCUGUUCCCAUUACUACUGCAGGAGCUGUACCGGCCGCCUGGUGCACGACUCUCUUGUUGACGAGUCCCUUUUCCCACCCAAGUGCUGUCGUUUGCCAUUCCCUUUAUCUACAAUAAAAGCACUUCUGGAUGAGGAGAUGAUUCAACAAUUCGAGGAGAGGACAGUGGAGCACAAUGACUCCAAUAGAACUUACUGUGCUAAUCCUUCGUGUUCGCGAUACCUCCCCCCUGCCCCGGUGGCCCUUAGCACCAGAACCUGCCCUUCUUGCAACACAGAAACAUGCUCUACAUGCAAGCAGCGAGCUCAUGCCGGUCUAUGUGUCGAGGGGCAAGCGGAAAUUCUGAGUAUGGCAAGAAGAGAAGGAUGGCAGCGCUGCGCGAGAUGUCGGAACAUCGUGGAGCUAAAGAGUGGCUGCAAUCACAUCACAUGCCGUUGUGGGUUCGAAUUUUGCUACGCCUGUGCCUCGAAGUGGAAGACAUGUAGAUGCGAAGUGUGGGACGAAGAGAGACUAUUCGACAGAGCAAACCAAGUCGCCGCUCGGAAUGAUGAGAACCCUCGGCCUGCACAACAAGAGGUUCAGAGGGCAGCACAGGAACUUCGUGAGCAGCACAACUGUAAGCAUGAUGCUCGCUGGAGGAGGCGUGAUGGGCAAUACUCGUGCGAUGUAUGCCAUGACCUGCUUCCUGACUUCAUUUUACGAUGCCAGCGCUGCAGGAUUGAGGUCUGUGUACGUUGCAGGUAUAAUCGUCUCUGA